AUGGUCGAGCACAGCUAUGUUUUAAACAAGCCCACUCCGAUAGUCUACCAGCGUCUUCGAAUUCUCAUUCUUGACGCUCCGACUAACGCGAACUUGCACUUAUACGUAAACGAGAUGAAGGAGUUCGGAGUGGCUGUUCUCGUUAGAACUUGUGAGUCUAACUAUAAUCACAAUUUGGUUCUUGAGAAUGACAUUUCUGUACGCGAUUUGUUCUUCAACGACGGUGACCCUCCGCCUCCGGAAGUUGUCACGGAUUGGCUGCUUCUGGUUCAAAAGUCUCUUGAGACGAACACUGCUAUCGCAGUACACUGUGUUGCAGGUCUCGGGAGGGCGCCCGUUCUCGCUUGUAUUGCGCUUGUUGAGUAUGGAAUGCAGCCUCUGGACGCCAUUUACUUUGUCAGAGAACGACGCAAGGGUGCCAUCAACCGGAGACAGUUGGAGUACUUGAAGAUGUACAAAAAGCAGCGUCGACGAACGGCCAAAUGCUUGGGUUGUUCAUCCAUGUAA